AUGAGCGCAAAUCCAAGCAACGUAAUCCGCAGGAAGUUGGUCAUUAUUGGUGAUGGUGCCUGCGGCAAGACCAGUUUGUUGAGCGUAUUUACGCUAGGUUACUUUCCUACACAUUAUAUCCCUACAGUCUUUGAGAACUAUGUGACAGAUUGCAGAGUAGAUGGCAAGUCCGUUCAGCUUGCUCUAUGGGAUACUGCCGGCCAGGAAGACUACGAGCGAUUACGACCUCUAGCAUACUCGAAAGCACAUGUCAUCUUGAUAGGAUUCUCCGUCGACACUCCGGAUUCCCUCGACAACGUUAAGCACAAGUGGAUUGAGGAAGCUCAACGAUUGUGCACUGGUGUUCCCAUCAUUCUUGUUGGUCUGAAGAAGGAUCUUCGAGAAGACCCCGUUGCGAUUGAGGAAAUGCGCAAGAAGUCGCUGCGAUUUGUCUCCGAGCAUGACGGCGAGUCUAUCGCACGAGAAAUUGGCGCGAAGCGAUAUCUAGAAUGCUCCAGUUUGAGCGGCGAGGGUGUCGACGAUGUUUUCGAGGCAGCUACUCGUGCUGCUCUGCUGACUUUCGAAAAGGGCGAGGGUGGUGGCUGCUGUGUGGUGCUGUAA